AGUGACUAACUUCAGUGGAAUUUACAUGUCAUUGUCUUAACUGUUUCUUUAUUUUGGUAUUAAAAAUUGUUUAUUCUUGUUUUGUAUUAAAUUAGUAUGGAAUUGCAAAGUUUACAAACUGAAAAGAUUUGUCGAACUUGUCUAGUAGAAGACGCAAAUAUGCGUUCAGUUUUUACUACAGAAAGCAAUAGUAUAGGUGAAGAAACCAAACUAUACGAAAUGCUCAUGUCUUGUGCUUCAGUACAGGUGGUCGAAGGCGAUGGAUUACCCGGACAGGUGUGUUUACAGUGUGUUCAUUACAUUACGAGAGCAUUUUCCUUUAAACAAUUAUGUGAAAGAUCAGAUUCUACUUUACGCGACAUCCUUGGAAAGCCUUCACUAAGUACAUAUAUCUCCGAUUUUAAAGACGAUAUGCCAAUAGUUGGAAGUUUUCACACUUUACAAAUGGUGGAAGAAAAAAACGAUGGCACGGAUAUUAAACCUGGCUGUAUUGAAAAUGAUCUUCUACUUCCACUUAUAGAUAAUUCGGAAAACGAUGACAAUUUGUUAGAUACAUCAAUUCUUGAUAUGGAUAUUAAAGCGGAUAUAAAAGAGACGAAGAAAAAAAAAUUAAAGGAUGACACAGAGCAACCGAUUUACGCAUGCGGGGAAUGCACGGCUUGCUUCACAAGUUCGAUAGAUUUAAAAAUUCACGGUCGUAGUCAUCCGAAAACUACGAGGCAUUUUUGUAAAAUUUGUAGUCAAGGUUUUGCUAGUGCUAGUACGUUAUGCAGGCACAUGAAGGUCCACGAUGGCGCAAAACGGCACCUGUGCAGUGAGUGUGGCAAAGGUUUUGCCAGAUCCGAUGACUUAACUAGACAUUUACGGACGCAUACGGGCGAGAAACCAUUCGGGUGCAAAUUAUGCGGGAAGGCGUUUGCGCAGUCGUUUCGGCUAUUGGAACAUAUGCGUGCGCACGCGAACGAGAAAGGUUUCAUUUGUUCCGUGUGCGGAAAAGCGUUUUCUCGUUACACCAGUUUAGCAGCCCACAAUAAAACUCACAGUGGAAUAAAGAGUCACGCAUGUGACGUUUGCGGUAAAAGAUUAUGUGGAUCAGGUUCAUUAGCAAUGCACAUGAAAACACACACAGGACUUAAAGAUCACAUAUGUCCAUACUGCGGCAAAGGCUUCACAACUCCCAGCAAUCUUAUUAUUCAUAAACGUACGCACACAGGUGAACGUCCUUACAUCUGCACAGUGUGUGGGAAAGGUUUCCCCGAUCCGUCACGACUGACUGUCCAUUCAAGAUCACACAGCGGCGUAAAACCUUACGUAUGUUCGGUCUGCGGUCGCGGGUGUGUCAGUUCCUCACAGUUAAAGAAGCACAUGCGUAUUCAUACGGGAGAAAAACCAUAUCAGUGCAAUCUGUGUCCCAAAGCAUUCCCUCGCAGCGAAGAUUUACGGAUUCACAUUAAAACGCAUACGGGCGAUCGCAGUCACGUUUGCGGCGUUUGUAAAAAAGGAUUCUAUCAAGCGUCCACAUUAAAAGUUCAUCUGCGUAUUCACACCGGCGAAAAACCGUACACAUGUCAAAUUUGCGAUAAAUCGUUUUCACAAACAGGCCCCCUCUCUACUCAUAUGAAGACUCACUAGCUCAAUAGAUUCAUACAGUUACUACAGUAUUUUAUGCUCUUAAUUAAUUUCACCUCUUACAUUUCAUAUAUAACUAUAACUGAAUUUUGCAAUAAAGCAUAUCUGAUCGUAAAUGUAGUAAAGCUAAAAAGUACAUGAAAAUGUCCCAACCAUUUGCACUAAAGACAAAGAACCUCAAAUGCAAGUUAUGUCUGAAAUGUGAGUUUGACUUUUUAAAGAAAUUGCAUUUUACAUCUGCGUAAUUAAUAUUUGCUGCAGAAAAAUCAAUAUAUUGUUUAAAUUGUUCUUGAUUUAUUUAUUAUACUAAAUAUUUCACAUUGAAAUGUAAAAUUUAUUCAAAUGUGUCCUUGGAUUA